AUGCAAACAUUUUUGAAAGAAAAUAUAAUCAACAAUAUAACGAAAAGCCAUGAUAUAAAAAACAUAAAUUUAUAUUUAAAUAACAUUGAAGAGAAUAUUAUAAAAAUAAAGAAUGAAGGACAAAGUAUUAUAGAUGAUGUAUUUUUGGCCUUUAAUGGGUCCAUAAGUCAUCUUUCUUUAUACUCUUAUUUAUAUGAUCAUAAUAUUAAUGUAGGAUUAGAAUGUUUAAAUUUUAUUUAUGAACAUAGUUAUAUUGAAGAAGAGAAAGUUAUUGAAGGUGAUGCUAAAGAUGAAGAAAAAAUAGUAGAUAUAACUAAAUUUGAUUCAGAUAUUAUGUAUUAUAUAGUUAAGAAAUUCAAGGAAACAUAUGAAGAAAAUUAUAAUUUAACAGUUAAAGAUUUAGAAAAUAUUAUUCUUGAAUAUAAAGAAAAAAUAUAUGAAGAGUCUAUUAAAUUAUAUAAAGAAAAAUAUAAUGAUGGUAUUAAAAUAUAUAAUACCUUUUUAGAUAUCUCUCAUUUUUAUUAUGAUGGCAAAAAAAUGAAAUUUUUAAAAAAACAGAAAAACGAUUCAAUUCAAAAUUAUAAUGAAUAUAUUAAUGCACAUACAGAUGUAGAAUUUUACGAAUUAAAAUAUCAUUUAUUAAGUAAAAAAAUUAAAGGUCAUCCUUCUGUUUUAUUCUGGUCAGAUGCUAUCAAUGAAAUACAUAUAAAAGAUAAAACUAUUAUUACAUCUGUAGAUUCAAUCAAACUAACUAAUACAGGGCAUCAACACAUUAUUGGUAUAUUAGGACUAAAUAGAGAUGGAGAAUUGGUUAUUCAAGGUAUUAGAAAUGAAGUCAAAUUAUUUAUUAAUCAAUCUUGUAUUAUUAAUAAUGGAAUUUAUUGUAUUGGUCAUAUUAUAUUAUUACAAGGACGCAUGAAAUUGUUAAAUAAAACAUUCUAUGUUACUGAGAUUAUGCAUCCACCCAGAAAUUAUGACGACGAAAAAAACGAAGAAGAUAUUUUCUACGACUUUGAAAAUGAAAACGAAAAAAAAGAAAUAUGUGAAUAUGAAAUAAUUGUACGAAAUAAUGAUAAAAAACAAAAUUGGAUUAUUAUGCAUGAUAUAUAUUUAGAUAAUCCAAGUACUUUUGAAAUAUUAGAAAAGAUGUUUUCGUUAUAUGUAAAUACAUAUCCAGAUAAUGAACUACCAAUUGGUUUUAUAUUAAUGGGUGAUUUUAUAAGUUUAAAAUUUGAUUAUAAUAAAAAUUUUAAUGAUUUAUAUAUUAAAGGAUUUGAGAAAUUAUCAGUUUUAUUAAUUUCUAAAUUUAAAUUAAUAUUACAAAAUUGUUAUUUAAUAUUUAUCCCAGGGAAAAACGAUCCAUGUGCAUGUAAAAAUAGUAUACCUAAAAUGCCUAUCCUUCCAUAUUAUAUAAAAAAAUUUGAACAAAAUAUUCAAUCCUUUUUUUCAUGUAAAAAGAAAAUUAUAUUUGCAACAAAUCCAUGUAGAAUUCGUCAUUUUAAUAAAAAAAUGAUUUUCUUUAGACAAGAUAUUUUAAAUGAUUUAAUAUGGAGCUCUUCUAUUAAUGCAACUGAUGAUAAUAAAAAUAAUCUACAAGAUAUAUUAAUUUCAACUAUAGUUGGACAAAGUCAUAUAUAUCCAAUUCCACAUGAUAAUAGAAUAUUAAAACGUUAUUCUUCUUUUCUCUUUUUAUAUCCUUUACCAAAUUUUAUAUGUAUCAGUGAUAAUACAUGUAACAGUUUUAUUUCAUAUGCUUCAGAUAAUACUAGCGAUUCCAUUAUAUCCAAUUCAGAUCUAUCUUUUACGAAAAAAAAAACAUUUACCGUCUAUAAUGUAUUACAACAUGACGCCAAGAGAUAUGUAGUUCCUAUAUAA